GACAACGGUCAGUAUAAAAGCUAACUGUCGCCAAAAACACAGUUAUUCUACUGUAUUCCUGCAUUGCAAAGGACAAAGUUAGAAUUCAAAACCUAAUUCCACGGUUUACCUCUUCUUCUUUUUUAUAUUCAUCUAAAACCAACCUACAAACAUGCGUGAAUGUAUCUCUAUCCAUGUCGGCCAGGCCGGAGUCCAGAUGGGCAAUGCCUGCUGGGAGUUGUACUGCCUGGAGCACGGCAUCCAGCCUGAUGGUCAGAUGCCCAGUGACAAGACCAUCGGAGGUGGAGACGACUCCUUCAACACCUUCUUCAGUGAGACCGGUGCCGGCAAGCACGUCCCCCGUGCCGUCUUCGUGGAUCUGGAGCCAACUGUUGUUGAUGAGGUCCGUACCGGAACCUACCGCCAGCUCUUCCACCCUGAGCAGCUGAUCACAGGCAAAGAGGAUGCCGCCAACAACUACGCCAGGGGUCACUACACUGUUGGAAAGGAGCUCAUCGAUCUUGUGCUCGACAGAGUCCGCAAGUUGGCUGAUCAGUGCACCGGUCUUCAGGGUUUCCUCAUCUUCCACAGCUUUGGUGGUGGUACCGGCUCUGGCUUCACAUCCCUGUUGAUGGAGCGUCUCUCCGUUGACUACGGCAAGAAGUCCAAGCUUGAGUUUGCCAUCUACCCUGCCCCACAGAUCUCCACAGCUGUAGUAGAGCCUUACAACUCUAUCCUCACCACUCACACCACCCUUGAGCACUCAGACUGUGCCUUCAUGGUCGACAACGAGGCCAUCUACGAUAUCUGCCGUCGCAACCUCGACAUCGAGAGACCAACCUACACCAACCUUAACCGUCUCAUUGGUCAGAUUGUGUCCUCCAUCACUGCCUCUCUUCGCUUUGAUGGUGCCCUCAACGUCGACUUGACAGAGUUCCAGACCAACUUGGUGCCUUACCCACGUAUUCACUUCCCCCUUGCUACCUACGCCCCAGUCAUCUCUGCUGAGAAGGCCUACCAUGAGCAGCUGACCGUUGCAGAGAUCACCAAUGCCUGCUUCGAGCCCGCCAACCAGAUGGUGAAGUGCGAUCCCCGUCACGGCAAGUACAUGGCUUGCUGCCUCCUGUACCGUGGUGAUGUCGUCCCUAAGGAUGUCAACGCUGCCAUCGCAACCAUCAAGACCAAGCGUACCAUCCAGUUUGUCGACUGGUGUCCAACUGGCUUCAAGGUGGGCAUCAACUACCAGCCUCCUACCGUGGUGCCCGGUGGUGAUCUGGCCAAGGUGCAGCGUGCCGUCUGCAUGCUGAGCAACACCACUGCCAUCGCUGAGGCCUGGGCUCGUCUGGAUCACAAGUUUGAUCUGAUGUACGCCAAGCGUGCCUUCGUCCACUGGUACGUAGGAGAGGGUAUGGAGGAGGGUGAGUUCUCUGAGGCUCGUGAGGAUCUGGCUGCCCUGGAGAAGGACUACGAAGAGGUCGGAAUUGACUCCGUCGACGGUGAGGGAGAGGAGGAAGGAGAGGAAUAUUAAACACAUUCCAACAGAACUUUGCAAACUUCAAAUCCAAAUAAACUGAACAUUACUCGCAUUUGAAAAACAAUCAUGUAAAAAUGCUUGAAACAAACCAUACAAUACACUGACCAUCCCUCCUGUUUUAAAAACAGUUAUUUUUUUAAACCCAAAUGCAAAAAUCCCCAAAACACAAGUGUGUUUUUUUAACCCCUCGAGAGAGAUUAUAAAACUUUCAUCUUACAUGUAAGCAUGAAAUCUUGCGUUGAAGAAAACUGUUUUAUUUUUACUACUCGAAGAAAGAAAACUUUGUUAUCAUGAAGAAGGGAAAAAUAAAGUGGCAAUAUUAUACGAAAA